AGAUCUCUACAGAUCGCUUGACCAAAUCGGAAAGGAUGGACGAAGACUGGAGUCACAUGACUGAGAAAAUUUUAAAUCUCACCCUGGAGAUCAUCUACCUGCUGACUGGAGAGAGAAGGUCAUCAUUUAUCAAAAGGAUUUAACAGAAGCUUCACUACAAUCAUGUCACUGCCUUCAUCCCUGAUACCUGAAAAACACAACAAUAAAAAGAUUCUAGAAGUCACCAAGAAGAUCAUUGAGCUGCUGACAGGAGAGGUUCCUAUAAGGUGUCAGGAUGUCACUGUCUAUUUCUCCAUGGAGGAGUGGGAGUAUUUAGAAGGACACAAGGAUCUCUACAAGGACGUCAUGAUGGAGGAUCAGCCGACCCUCACAUCACCGGAGAAAAACACCAACAAAAAGCUCCAAAGAGUCCCCAGCAAUUUGGCAAGUCAGCCACCCCGCACAUCACAGGAGGAAAACACCAACAAAAAGCUCCAAGGAGUCUCCAGCAAUUUGACAAGCCAGCCGCCCCUCACAUCACCAGAGAAGAACACCAACAAAAAGCUUCAAGGAGUCCCCAGCAAUUUGGCGAGCCAGCCACCCCGCACAUCACCAGAAAAGAACACAGACAAAAAACUUCAAAGAAUCCCCAGCAAUUUGGCGAGCCAGCCACUGCGCACAUCGCCAGAGAAGAACACCGACAAAAAACUUCAAAGAGUUCCCAGCAAUUUGGCGAGCCAGCCACCCCGCACAUCACCGGGUAAGAGGAGACUUUAUCGUAUAGGAGAGAGCAGUACGGAGGUCCACCUAGAUCCCCCAUCAUCUGAUAAACACAUAGAAACAAUGGAUUCAGUCAGUGUGUGUGUUUCCUACACUGAGAAGAACACUGACAAAAAACUUCAAAGAAUCCCCAGCAAUUUGGCGAGCCAGCCGCCGCACACAUCACCAGAUGGAUCCAGUAAUGGGAACCCACCAGAGAGAUGUCCUCUGUAUGUCCAGGAUUCCUCAAAGGAAGAUCUCAGUCCCAGUCCGAUAUAUUCCCGGGAUUCCAUGCAGGAAGAUGGCAGUCCCAGUCCUCUGUGUUCACGGGAUUCCACACAGGAGGACCACAGCACCCCAGACCAUUUUUCGCUUGAAAACCUGGCAAAUAUAAAAGUUGAAGAGAUAGACGAAGAAGAAGAGAUGCUUAUUAGAAAGUACUGGCAACGUAAGGCAGAGGAAGGUCCCAUAGAGAUCGGAGCAGAUGGUCACAUGAGGAAAAUGGCAGAGAAACAUUUACUUUUAUCUGCCGACUGUCAUGUAAAAGAUGAAGAGUUUUCACAAGAUUCUCUAGAAGAACUCCCUGAUACCCCAAAUACUUUUGGAGGACAUCCCAACAGAUCCCCAGAUCUCUCUCACCCUGGGGAAGCUUCUCCCUCUAAUUUAGAUAAUACUUUGAGCAUGGCUCAGAGAGGCAGCAAAAUGUUUCCCUGUUCCGUGUGCGGGAAAUGGUUUACCACUUAUGGAGGCCUUCUCAUGCACCAGAGACUUCACACCGGGAUCAAGCCUUUCUCCUGUUCCUUCUGUGGGAAAAGCUUCACGCAGAAAGGCAUUCUGGUCAACCACGAGAAGAUCCACCGAGGGAUAAAGCCAUUUCCUUGCUCGGUGUGCGGGAAGUGUUUCGCCAAGAAGUCCGACGUGGUAAGGCAUCUGAGAGUCCACACUGGAGAGAAACCCUUCCCAUGUGCACGUUGCGGGAGGUGUUUCUCCCAAAAGUCCUCUCUCCUCAAUCACCUUCGGCUGUACAUCUGCGAGAAGCCAUAUCCGUGUUUUAUAUGCGGGAAACGAUUCUCCCAGAGAUCGGACCUUAGUAGACAUCAGGAGAUUCACCGAAGGAAGAAGGCAUCUCCGUGGUCGGAAUGUGACCAGCUCCUCCCUUGUAGUUCUGGGCUGAUUCCUCACCUUUCUUAUCAUGCAAACGACAAAAUCUACCCGUGUUCCGAAUGCGGCAAAGGUUUCACCCACAUUUCCAACCGAAUCCGGCACAUGAAGAUCCACAAGGGGCUGAAGCCUUUCGCCUGCUCGGAGUGUGGGAAGUGUUUUGCCCGCAAGUCGCACCUCGCCGAGCACCAGCGAAUUCACACGGGAGAGAAACCCUUCUCCUGUCCUCUGUGCGGGAAGUUCUUCAAGCACAAGUCUCACCUGGUCAUACACAACCGAACCCACACGGGGGAAAAACCCUUUAAAUGCCGGGACUGCGGCAAAUGUUUUGCGCAGAAAGCCAACCUUCUCUAUCAUCAGAGAGUUCACGCUGGUGGGAAGACUUGA